ACAUCCACCCAUCCAUCCAUCCAUCCCCCCACCCACCGCCCUCCAUGGGCCGGCGCUGCCGGCGCUGAACGCCGGGGGAGGCAGCGCCCGGCGGCGCUCCCGGGCUGCCGCGAUGAGCGGCGGGGAGGUGGUUUGCUCGGGCUGGCUCCGAAAGUCACCGCCGGAGAAGAAGUUACGGAGAUACGCAUGGAAGAAACGCUGGUUCAUCCUGCGCAGCGGUCGGAUGAGUGGCGACCCCGAUGUCCUGGAAUACUACAAAAAUGACCACUCCAAGAAACCUUUGCGUGUGAUCAACCUCAAUUUCUGCGAACAAGUGGAUGCGGGCCUGACCUUCAACAAGAAGGAGCUGCAAGACAGCUACAUCUUCGACAUCAAGACCAGCGACAGGACCUUCUACCUGGUGGCUGAGACAGAGGACGACAUGAACAAGUGGGUUCGCAGCAUCUGCCAGAUCUGUGGCUUCAACCAGUCUGAGGAGAACACAGACACCCUGAGGACCAUUGCCUCCAUGAACCACGCACCGCGGUCCUCCCCAGCAGAGCUCAGUGGUGCCAGCCACCACCUGCUGCGAGAGCGCAAGUCCUCAGCGCCGUCCCACUCCAGCCAGCCCACCCUGUUCACUUUCGACUCACCCUCCAGCCACCUCCAGAGCACCCUGUCUGCCAGUGCCCCCCAGGACUACCUUUUCCUCCACCAGUGUAUGAGCAGAAAGUCAGAAAACACAAGGAGCGCCAGCUUCUCCCAAGCCACGAGGUCUGCUUUCUUCAUGCGGAGUGACACAGCAGUCCAGAAGCUCUCGCAGGGCAAUGGGCACUGUGUGAACGGGGUUGGCGGGCAGCUCCACGGCUUUUAUAGCUUACCGAAACCCAGCCGGCACAACUCAGAGUUCAGGGACAGUGCGUACGACCUCCCACGCACCUUUGGUUCCUACACCCACCCCAAGUCGAGCCUCACCAGCUCCGAAACAGAUAAUGAGGAGGUCUACACCUAUAAGACUCCCAACAACACCCUAUGCAAGGAGUUUGGGGAGCUCUCCACGGACUCCUAUGACAUCCCCGCCACCCCGCUCUCCAUCUACCAGAUCCCCAGGACAUUUACACUGGACAAGAACCACAACGCUCUGGCGGUGGCUGCCAGCGACUCGCACGCCGCACCGCCCCCACGGCCCCCGAAACCCGGGCAAACAGAGCCGCGGUGGGGCAGCCCGCCCCAGCGGCCCCAGCCCAGCGAAACCUUAGGGCUGACCCCCAUGGCAGCCACCAUUCCCCGGAGAAACACGCUGCCGGCGGUGGAGAACAGCAGGCUGCACCGAGCUUCUUCUUGCGAGACAUAUGAAUACCCCCAGCACGGGGGCAGCAGCGCUGUGCAGUCAGUUGAGUCGAUGAACGACGGGUACAACUCCUACCUGCAAGCCAAGGCAGCAGUGGCCCGCUCCCACAGCACUGACUCCGAGGACAACUACGUCCCCAUGAACCCUGGUUCCUCACCCCUGAUCCACACUGAGAAAGCCAACGACAAUGCCCAAAAUCUCUACAUCCCCAUGAGCCCUGGGCCGCAUCACUUUGACCUGGUGGGGUUGUCCUCGGCCACCCUCCCUGUGCAUAAAGGAGGAGCCAUGGCGCAGUGCCACAGACGGUUGAGUGAAAUCCAACCCCCACCAGUCAACCGCAACCUCAAACCUGACCGGAAAGCAAAGCCAUCGCCACUGGACCUGAGGAACAACGCUGUCAUCGAUGAGCUUCCCUUCAAAUCGCCAGUCACGAAGUCCUGGUCCAGGCCAAUCCAGACCUUCAAUGCCGGCUCUUUGCAAUACUGUCGUCCUGUCUCCUCCCAGAGCAUCACCAGCACUGACUCGGGAGACAGCGAGGAGAACUACGUGGCGAUGCAAAACCCCAUUUCUGCUUCUCCUGUUCCUAGUGGCACCAACAGCCCAGCGCCUAAAAAGAGUUCAGGGAGUGUGGAUUAUCUGGCCCUGGACUUCCAGCCAAGCUCUCCAGGGCCACACAGAAAGCCCUCCACUUCAUCAGUCGCCUCAGAUGAGAAGGUUGAUUACGUGCAAGUGGACAAGGAGAAGACGCAGGCACUGCAGAGCACCAUGCAGGAGUGGACUGAUGUGCGGCAGUCCUCGGAGCCCGCCAAGAGCACGAAGCAGUAGCGCCCAGAGUGGGCAGCGAAACAGGCAAAUGUUCUGGUGGUUUUCCCCAGCUGGGGCCCCGCUGGGCUUCCAGCUCCACUUGGGCUGGAUUUCUAAGACUUGUCUGUGGAGGGGAGGGGGUCUUCAUUAUUUUUUUUCUUUUAAGACAAAAAGAAACUUAAUUUCAGGGGAAGACUUGUCGGAAACUCUUUGCCAGUGAUAAAGACCAACUGUGUUUGGUGGCUAGGUUUGUGCUUUACCUGCUGGAUGCACUAUCCAGGAACGUUAACUUAGCAAUACCAGGUUUCACCCUACACAUCUUUUGCUUACAGCUAUUAAAGCCACCUUAUAUGUGCUAACACUGCAUCAUCUCUCCCCGUCUUCUUCCAUACCAUACCCCCAAACCGUGCCAUGCAGGUUUGUAGCAUCUCUCACAGGCCAUCAUUCCCCAGCUCUGAUUCCCCACUCCUUAUGGUCGCCCUCCUCUGCCUUCUCCCAACCCCAAAACUGAACAAGGACAAUUCCUUUUGAAAUCACUUUCGUUGUCCCAUCUCUUGUAAAUAAUAUGUUCAAAACCUCUGAAGGCUAUUCUCCUCCUGGGGGGAUAGCCCCUAUGUUUUCGGUUGUGGUUGUGAACCUUCAUGAGCUUGAAGAGCACCCAGACUGUCCCAUUGAGCUGACUUAGAAGCCCAGGACUUGCCCCAUCUGUAUGCCACACACAUAUAUGCCAGCACAUGUUCACACACAUGCAUGCGUGAAACAGCCAAGUUUGUUGAGCUGUCUUCUGCUGUUGAUGCUUCGAGCAUCUCUCGAAGUCAAUGGGCUGGAGAGAUUGGCUUUGGAUAGCAGAAUUUAAGCCCUGACCCACUGCCUAUCUGAAACCAAUUGCCUGUGAACCUGGCCCUAAGAACCAAAAUUUGCCCUUUGUGGCACCAAAAGAAGCCCAUAGAGUGAGAGUCCUACAUCCGUGGCUGUCAUGAGAAGCUCUGUGGUUGAGUAUGAGGAGCGCAGGGAGGCUCUGGAGACUCUGUAUAUCUGGACUGUCAUGAGGAUGAGUGACAAGGAGGGAGUGGGAGGCUGUUGCGAGGACCGGGAGAAGGUGGAUGUUGUUCUGCAGAGGCUGGUCUUGGGUGAGGAGGUCUGGUGGGGUGUAUCCUGGAGGAAAGGAGGAGAGUAAUUGAAAUGUUGGUUGAUGGUGAGGCUUUAGGCUUAGGAAGAGGCUGGUCAGAAGUGUCAGGGCAAGGUGUUUCAAUAUUAGCUUUAAUGUAGCAUUACGGUUGGUUUGUGGUGGGUGCAAAGGGCUGGACUAGCUAUUUUCUCCCCAUGUUCAGCAACGUGUCUUCAACACAGAAAUGGGGCUUGUUGACAUUAACAACCUUAGGCUCUAAUUAUGGAUGGGAAUCUGCUGUUGUCCCUCGCCAGCGUCCUUGACACAUCCAGGCUUUGGGAUCACUCCCCAGGCAGCUGCCAGGCGCAGAGAGCCAAGAAGGAAGAGACAGUUUAUUGCAGAGAUAAUAAUUCAUGAUCUCAUGAAAACAGAAAGGACUAAUGAUUGCCAUGGAGCAGCCUGAUUGCCAGACAGCAAGCGCUGACACAGAUAAACAGGCCGACCACAAACUGAGAGCCAAAUAAAGGAGACGUUAGAAAGAUUAGGCAAUAAUAUUUAUUAAAUAGCUGGAGCUAUUCUUUCUCCAAGCUGAUCCCCUCCCAAUGCCACGGGCUCUACGUUCCACCACCACCACCAAGUUAUAUUGGUUAUUGAUGCUUAAGAGUUAACACAUUUGUUUAAGCUUCGCCUGAGUUUGGAAAGGGCCAGACAUCACCCACACAAGGAUGGGAUACUAGUCCCUUAAGGGCUGCGUGUGGGUAAAAUAAGUCUUGAAUUUCCAACACCAGUUUAUAUUUUCUUCUUGCAUGCCAUGAAAGGGAAGGAUAUUAAUGGAAAAGUGCUGACAAACCUUUUAAGACAUUGAAGUGUUGGCCUUUUACAGGAAUAAUGAAACAAAUAUCCUAAUGUUCAUGGUAAAAAUAAUAAUCAUCUAGGAGAAAACAAAAAAGACCCAAAGGGGAAGAUUUAGCACAGCCAGAUGCUUUCUGAAGGUCGGGGAGCGUGUUACAGCCUGGAAGGGCCUUUGCCUCUCAUUGGAGGCUUGCACACUUGCAUGAUGAGAUAAUGAAAUGAAGACCAGAGUACAGUGCUUCAUAUUUCUAUAGCCCCUUUCAUCACUGCAUCUCAGGGGAGACUAAACAUUGGGCCUGAUCCAGAGCCCACUGACGUAUGUGUUCACCCAGCUGGGAGUGAGCUCCCCAUCCCCACUGAAAAGCAAAUGUGACUCAAGCGGGAAGCUGAUUUUUUCCUAUUUCAUCCUCUAAACUGCUAGGCAGACACAAAGGAAGAUGAGGAUCGGGGAGAAGGGUUAUGGGGCACACUGGCUGUAUUUCCCUGCCAAAACUGUGCUGUUUGCCUCCUCUCACAGUAAAAUGCAGCCACCUCUGGGAUGGAUUGCAGCGGCAAUUUUGGGAAUAGCCCUUUUUGCUGCUUUGAGCCUCUCUCAGUAAAACAGUGCGACUAUUCUCGAGGUGAAACUGAGCCCAGCUCCAGGCCAAAAAAAUCUUGAACUGGACCAGAAGCUUGGACGAAUCAAGUGACAGCCCAUGCUCAGAUGGAGUCGUGUUGUCUGCUCCACCUGGGAGAUGGGGAGCUCAACAAGUCCCAAAAGUACCCUGAAAGUGGGCAGGCAAGGGGGAGGCAACAGCAGUAGUCAUUUCUGAUGGUGCAGUGGCCUGAGAGACAACGCAAUGGGUGGGGAUGCAUUCUGGUGAGUCGGUGCCCUGUGCUUCUGUGCUGGGACUAGGUGCAUCUAGUGCCCACUCCCACAUUUAACCCAAAGCGUUAAUUAAGAUUACAAAAGCCCUUCAUGGUACCGCUUUCAUGAUCAUCCCCAGUAACUAGCCCUUUGCAUUUGGCAGACCAAGGACCAAAACAGCCCAAAAGUAGCUAUUUUUCAGCUGCUGGUUGCUGGCCCCUCUCUGCUUUGCCUAUGUUUUCCCAGAAACAGAUAUAUUCCUUCAUUUUUUUCCCUGCUAAGUACCAAGCAAAUGGCCCCUCCAAACUCUGUAGCAGCCCAUAGACUCUAUGCAUUGCCAUAUAGACAUGACUAUAUCAACCCCUCCCGAAAGCCGUUAAGUAAUCAAUGGCCGCAGUGGAAAUAGUCAUUCCUGACGGCUGCCGAGCUGAUUACAGUAGUCCCUGAUGAUUAAUGUUUGUGCAGUAUUUAGUCUUAAACCAUAUUGAAAAGCAGCUGGUUUAAUUACACGGACUGCCAAGAACUUUGUCCUGAAGGCAUUGAGUUUAUUACAUCCACUCUAUACUUGGAUGCUCAAGUAUGACUGACUCUUUUGUUAGAAAUAGGUAUUUUAAGAAGCUGAGAACAUCACAAAUGAUUCAUUUUAAUUGCAAUUAAAAAAGCUUGAGUCUUCAUGUCAGAGCCUGCUCUUCAGGUCUACGGUCCCAUUUAACAAAAGGGAUGUGCUUGUGUGUGUGUGUGUGCUCAUGGAGAAGGGUUGUCUGUGGGACAAACAUCAUGACCUGAAUAUUUAGUUUUAUGAAAUACCAGAGCCAUGGCUCAGAACUCUCCCCAAGCUUUAAAAUGACUAAGCCAGGCUUAGACUUAGUCUCAAGUCAGAGAAAGAAAAUACACGAGUGCGGAUUGUGCCAUGGCAAAGCUGAGCAUCUGGCAGACAGGGCCAAAUCCAGAGCCAGAACCAAAAGGUAGCUAAGGCUUGGGUUGACUAGGGGCUCACUGGGAUGGACUUGGACCCAAGACCACCAGCCACUGACAAGGAUUGUAUAUGGGGGAAUAUGAAGUUGGGAGGACAGAAGGCAGGGGAGUUUGCCAGCAAGAUUUGAGUCUUGGUCCUCACCAUGUGCUCCUUUGGCAUGAGCCCCAAGUCAAAUAUAUAGAGAUGAUUUGUGGGUUGUGGAGCAGGGUUUUGCUCAGUAAAAGCCUUGCACUGGUGGGAUGGGAGCUCCCACUGCUCUAGAGACUUACCCAGGGCACUUCCCUCUCAAGGGGGUCAUCCUGUCCGACAACAUGAUGCCUCAACGCUCUGACUUUCAGGGAGUCCUGGUCUAUGCACCCAGCUCUGAGCUGGGCAGGAGAAGCACUACCAGAGAUGGGGUGUGGACCCGGACAUGCUGGGAGACACCUUGCUCUGGGGCAGCAGUGCCAUGGUUUCACAGGGUUGUCCCAUGAGGUGCCACCUCCAUCCUUGGAGCUUUUCAAGACCAGGCUGGAUCAACCCCAUAGCUGACCCUGCUCGGAGCAGGGGGUGGGACUAGAGACAUCUCUUCCCCCCCCCAGUUUACCCUGACACCCUGUGCUGCUAGGGCUGAGCAGAGACUCCUCCAUGUGAGGGAAGGGACCAAAGGUAUUGCCUAGAGCCCUGUAGCAGGGCCAGGGCCUCUUCUCUGGCCGUGAAGCCAAGUGGCAAGGCAAAGAUCAACCCCUAAGUCCAUAACCCCCAGAGGGGGGACCUAAUCCACACUGGGGCCAUCCCUUGCACCUGGGAGAGGGCUGGCUGGCCCAGACCAAGUCAUCCAGGACGUGGACACACAGUCCAAGCAACUGCGGGACAACUUGAACCUGUAAAUUUGUUAGGGUAGACAUCAACCCAGAGCUCUCUGCAGCCCUACGCCAGCCCCUACACCCUGGCGUCCCUGUCCCUUGAGCAUACCAGGAAGACUUGGCUCCCUUUGGCCCCCCAUUGACCAUGGCUCCUUGGGAAUGGUAGAGCCAUGCCCGGGUCUUAUGUAGCGGUGGACUUUGGCAGGAAGAUGUUUAAAUAGCUCCCAGGUCCUGUCUGACCUUCCUGGCCUAGAAGACAAAUAAGAGGAUGGUUUUCUCAAGUCAUGCUUGCAUUGUGUUGAUGUUUUCCCACCUGGUGAUGUUACUAUUCCAUGUAAAAGUUGACGCUCACCUGCACUGUGUGAUCCGUUGGAAGGAUGUUGUCUGGAUGAGAUGGGUGCAGUGGGGCUGUGCCUAUGGAGAAGCCCUACUUGUAACAGGAAGGGGAAAGAGCCGAGCCUAACCCCAACCCCAGCCAGAGGACACACACGGCCAUCAAAGAGCCGUCAAGAAAAUCAGAGAGACCAGUCCAGCAUCAAAUCACAAGGGCAAAUAACCAAGUUUAGGGCCUCUGGUGAGUCUGCAUGUCUCUCUUCUCUGCCCAGAAAGCACCAACCUGUCCACAUGUACACAAUGAUCUUGCAACUGUUAAUGAGGUUCUUGCAGGUAAAGACAUGCACCUUUUCGUCAUGAUUUCUCCUUGGCCUGGAGCAAUUCAUCCCUCCAUCAGCUUGUCCUUGGUGUCUCAUCCUUGUAGUCGCAAUUUUAUCUCCUUGUUUGCAACUCCUAGAGUUAUACUGUUAAUCAGGUUGCUCCUUCACUCGCUGCUCUUGAGAAGAGUCAGUAUGUAGCAAGGUGUCACCAAAUAGCUCUCCCCGCCCUGCCAACCCAUGGCUAGCUGGUUCUGGCACAUGGUGUCCAAAUUUUAACACCAGCCAGCAACAUCUGGAGCAGAAACUGGGCCACAUGGCUCCAUCUCUUGAGCUAAAAGAUCUUCUCAAUGGCCUUGCUUGCAAUCAGCAGGCUCUUCAUUUUUCAUGCAGCCCAUUGCUAAUAUAUAACAGGUUCAUUUGUAGGCCAGCAGGUUGACUAUAUGGGAGAAUUUUUCCCCAAGAUGAAGAGACAAGAAACCAUCAUUUUUAUUGUCGUUCUUUGGGUGGCACCACACUGUAUCUUCAGGUGGGAUGAGUGGGUUCAUUUGAACUCUGUAUCCCGCUUUUACUCUGGCUUGUAAAACGAAGAUUUUUAGUACUUAUUUCCCCACCUCACAGAUGCAUCGUGAGGUGUAAUUAAUUGACAUCUAAUAAUGCAAAGAGCUGUUUUGAGUCUGCAUGUAAUGGCUGGUCAGCAUGUCGUGUUACCCCGUUGUCAUGCUUAGCAUCACACACGACACUGCACAUCCCGCUCCGCAAAAUUCAUUAAAAACCACUCAUCCUUAAUUACCAAGGUGGAAAAAAACUUAGCAGGAUUUUCUCCUGAGCGAGGGGAGUGGGGUAAAAGCCAUUUGCACAGUUUCAGCAUUCUGCUGCCACAUUGACCCUGAAAAUACCACAUUUUGUUUGAGAGCCCUUUGGACGUGGUGGCUGAAGCACCGUCAAGGAGAGGGGAAGGGAGCAGGACCCUGGGCUCCACGGGGAGCCUGCCGAUGAAUUCCGUAGGGUUAGGACCAAACCUAUAGAGUAGUUAUGUCCCACUCAACCCAGCCCUUGGCGAAGUCAACAGGUCCCCAUUGACUUUGGGCAUCGUUGUGUGGGAACGGAUCCAGCCAAAUUAGGGUAGUUUUCUCCAUUUGUUUCUUAACCUGCUGCGAGAGGGGGUCGGAGCCCCGGCUUUGAAGCCGUCGUGUCGGCAGCCAAUUCGCAGGGAUGUUUUGUGUGUUUUAAAGCCUAUGACUGUUCUUAAAGAGGAGUAUUUUUAAUUUUUUUUUUCCAUUUGUAGGAGGAAGGACAAGAGUAAUCUGUGGCAAACUGUACAGUAUGUGUCUUCUUGUGGUGUCACUGUUUGAAUGGUUGUUAAGUUUUCAAAUCACUGUGGACAGCUAAUCACUUAAGUUAUUAAUUUAUUCUUUGGGGUUUUGUUGUUUGUUUUUUUAAGUAAUUUGAAACAAUUAUUUAUCCUGUAAAUUGGUCUUGAGUGAAGCCUAGAUAAUACAUUUUUUGCUGUUAAUAAACAUGGUACAUGCCUGAUGUGAAGGUGAUCUCAUUUUUAAGUACUGUAUAUGCAGCGGGAAAGCAACGGAAAAAUAAAAGAAUGAU